GCGUCUUCCUGGACCGACACACGUGGACUGGCUUCCCAGUGACGCUCGAACACAAACACCAGCAUGGCCAGCCACGGACUGGACUACGACGGCUGCAACUUCUUCCGGCAGCGGCUGGUGCUGUCCACACUCAGCGGGAAGCGGGUGAAGAUCUCCGGCAUCCGGUGGAAGGAGGACGACCCGGGGCUGAAGGAUUUCGAGGCCAGCUUCAUCAGACUCUUGGACAAAGUGACCAAUGGCUCCAGAAUAGAGAUCAACCAAACAGGUACUGUGUUAUUCUACCAGCCUGGCCUGCUGUAUGGAGGCGUGGUGGAACACGACUGCAGCCCGCAGCGCUCCAUCGGUUACUACCUUGAAGCGCUGCUCAUGCUGGCUCCAUUCAUGAAGAACUCCCUGAAGGCCACUCUGAGAGGAGUCACCAACGACCCACUCGACCCGUCUGUCGACAUGCUGAAGUCCACUGCUCUUCCUCUAAUGAAGAAGUUUGGGAUUGAUGGAGCAAGUUUUGAUCUCAAGGUGGUGAAGAGGGGGAUGGCACCGGGUGGGGGUGGAGAGGUGCUGUUCACGUGUCCUGUCCGCAGAACCAUCAGACCAGUCCAGUUCACAGACCCAGGAAAGAUCAAGAGGAUCAGAGGAAUGGCAUAUUCGGUGCGAGUUUCUCCUCAGAUGGCGAACAGGAUAGUGGACUCAGCCAGAAGCAUCCUCAACAAGUUCAUUCCAGACAUCUACAUCUACACAGACCACAUGAAAGGAGCCAGCUCUGGCAAGUCUCCAGGUUUCGGCCUGACGCUUGUGGCUGAGACGCUGAAUGGCACCUUCCUCAGUGCCGAGAUGUCGUCCACGCCACAGGGGCAGGGAGACAUCAUACUGCCAGAGGACCUCGGCACGAACUGUGCCAAGAUGCUUUUAGAGGAGAUUUAUCGGGGUGGCUGCGUGGAUUCGUCCAAUCAGAGCCUGGCACUGCUCUUGAUGACCCUUGGCCAGCAGGACGUGUCGAAGGUUUUGCUCGGACCCCUCUCCCCAUACACAAUCGAGUUCCUCAAACACAUUAGAGAUUUCUUCCAGAUCAUGUUCAAGAUCGAGGUCCAGAAGCCGUUAGAAGACGAAAGGAAAGGAGGAGACAAGGUCCUGAUGACCUGUGUAGGAGUUGGUUACAGCAACAUGAACAAAACUCUAAAAUAAAAUAUUUAUAUUUUUAUAGAAA